AUGGUGAAAGUCUUAAAGCCAGGAAAAGCUGUGAUACUCUUACAAGGACGAUACGCCGGUAAAAAAGCUGUGAUCGUGAAAUCCUUCGACGACGUUAACCGCGAGAAAACGUACGGUCACUGCCUCGUCGCCGGAUUGAAGAAAUACCCAAGCAAAGUGAUCCACAAAGAUUCGGCGAAGAAUUCGCGAGUCAAAUGCUUCCUCAAGCUCAUCAAUUACCAACACUUGAUGCCUACGCGUUACUCUCUGGAUUUGGACCUCAAAGAUGUCGUAACCGGAGAAUCGAUCUCGUCCAAAGAUAAGAAAGUGACGGCUCUUAAAGAAGCGAAGACGAAGUUCGAAGAAAGGUUUAAAUCUGGGAAGAACAAAUGGUUCUUCACCAAGCUUAGGUUUUGA